AUGGGAGAAGAGAAUCCGCAAGAUGGACUCUCAUCUCGCAUCGCGCGCCUAGUGCAUGCGCAUUUCGAUGCGCUGCCCGCCCGCAGUAAACCGAUUGUUCGCGAUGAUGGCACCAGAGAGUGGAUUCCGAUGGCGGGAAUGGUCGUUGUGAGGGGCGAGAAUACGACGGAGGAAGAAUUGACUUGUGUUGCUGUUACAUCAGGCGCCAAAUGUCUCGCUGCCUCCCAGCUUCCAAACUGCAAGGGUCUCGUUCUCCAUGACUGGCACGCCGAGGUGCUCGCCCUCCGGGCUUUCAACUACUGGGUCUUGUCGGAGGUGAGGGGGUUGCUGUUGGGUGAGGACGUUGCUGCUACCACCCAAAGCUCAUCGCCAUCGUCAUCGCCAUCGCCAUCCCGGUUCAUUCGUCGUCGAUCCCCCCAGCAGCAACAGCAACAGCACCCCGAUCAACCCCCCUUCGAGCUCCAGCCAGACCUCAAAGUCUACAUGUGCUGCACCUGCGCGCCCUGCGGCGAUGCAAGCAUGGAGCUCACCAUGGCGGCGCAGGAGGAUCCCACGCCAUGGGUGGAGGAUCCCUCUCCAUCCGAACCAGUAUCAUUAUCAAAUCCCCCAGCUCCAGAGGAACCCCACCCUACACACCCAACAACAUCAAAACCACCGACCGCUGCCCUAUCGUCGACAUCCAACCCUCACACAUCUACUACAGUUGCAAAAACACCACCAACAACAGACCCCCCCUCAUCAGCACCGACCAAACCACCCCCUGCAAACCUCCUCGACGGCCGCGGCCACUUCUCGAAACUCGGCAUCGUCCGCCGCAAACCCGCCCGCGCCGACGCCGACUCCACCAAAAGCAAAUCCUGCUCCGACAAGCUCGCCCUCCGCCAGGUCUCGUCCUUGCUGUCCCCGGAGACGGCGCUGUUGGUCCGCGUGACGGCCAGUGCGUAUCUGGCUGGGGUGGUGUUGCCCGAGACGGAGAUCAGUGGAGUCGGGUGUGAGAGGGCGUUUGGGAAGGAGGGGAGGAUGAAGGGGCUGGAGGAGGAGGAGGGGGAUGCUUCCGGCUACCGAUUCCACCCCUUCGAGAUCCUCCCCAUCCCCGCUGCGCUGGCCGACUCCCUAUGGCAGUACGGCAAGCCCCGGGACUCGCCGCAGACCGCUUCCACAAGCACCACAAAAUACAAGCCCGGGACCAUCUCGGCGGUGUGGGUGGCCGCGCCCUCCGUUGGGGCCGAUCGGCUGGUCGUGCUGGGGCCCGCGAGCGGGGCCAAGCAGCUGCCCAAGCUGGCGGGUAGUCGGACGGGGCUGUAUGAGAGCAUCAUCGGCGGGGUGAAGCAGGGGAGUAAGGCGUCGGCGCCGGUGGUGCGGGGAGCGUCGGCGCUGUCGCGCGCGCGGAUGUGGGGGACCUUCCGGGAGGUUGUUCUGGAUCUCCAGAGGAACCCGGCCCGGCAGGAUGGCCGUGUGAAGCACGAGGAUGGGCUGUCUCGGCUUGACGAUGAGAGGUUACGGCAGAUCGUCGACGCAGCUACGUAUGUCGACUUCAAGAGAGCGAUCGUCACCUCCACGAGACCCGGUCAGGCGCGGGCACGGGCUCUACGAGAAGCGAAAACCGUCCUUGUUCCGUGGGUGCCGAAUGCUGGGGAUGGAGAUUGGGGGUUGGAGGUGUUGGUGGACGCGAAUCCGAAGAAGCGCAAACGGUGA